AUGGUGGAAAUGGUUAGUGAGUUUGAUCCAGUAAUGAAAGAGCACCUUCGACGGGCUAAUGCAAAAGAGAUUCAAUACACGUAUCUUGGUAAAAAAAUUCAAAAUGAGUUGAUACAGUUGUUGGCUAAUGAGGUGAGAAAUGCAAUUAUCAAGAAAGUUAAAGAUGCAAAAUAUUUCGCGAUUAUACUUGAUUGUACUCCAGAUGCAAGUCGUGAGGAGCAGAUGUCUUUAAUAGUACGAUUUGUAGAUGAUUCAGCAAACUUACCUACAGUUGAGGAACAUUGGCUUGAAUUUUUGAAGGUAGAUGACACAACAGGACUUGGACUUACAACCGAGCUUCAAAAGGCUUUGAUCAAACUUGAACUAGAUAUUGAUGACAUUAGAGGGCAAGGGUUGUUGCAUGCAGUCAAUUUUGUGAGUAAAUUUCUUCAAACCGAAUCCAUGGAUAUUGAUCAUGCUAUCGAUCUAUUGCAAGGACUUGUUUUAUUUUUUGAAGAUUGUAGAGAAAUCGGAUUUGCCGUUGCUAUGGAUGAAGCAACAAAAAAGGCAAAUGAAAUGGGAAUUGAAGCUAACGACAAAAAAUGUUUUAACCAAUCAAGCCAACCAUAUAGAAACUGGGUUACAUUGGAAAAUUGA